CGCGGGCGCCGCCUCUGCCGUUGCCCCGGUAACCUGGCGGCGGGCGGACGGGAUGAGCGCGGCCGAGGUGGACGAGAGGAUCAGCCGCAAAUAUCAGCUGAAGAGGCGGCUGGGCAAGGGGGCUUAUGGAAUAGUGUGGAAAGCAAUUGAUCGACAGACAGGAGAGGUGGUGGCGGUGAAGAAAAUCUUUGAUGCCUUCAGAAACCAGACAGAUGCUCAGAGGACAUUUCGUGAAAUUUUGUUUCUUCAGGAAUUUGGAAAUCAUGGCAAUGUAAUCAAACUGCUCAAUGUCAUUCGAGCAGCAAAUGACAGGGACAUCUACUUGGUCUUUGAGUUCAUGGAGACGGAUUUGCACGCGGUGAUAAGGAAGGGAAACCUCCUGAAAGAUAUUCACAUCCGCUACAUCCUUUACCAACUGCUGAAGGCCACCAAGUUCAUCCACUCGGGAAAUGUCAUUCACCGGGAUCAAAAGCCUUCAAACAUCCUCCUGGAUGCGGACUGUUUUGUCAAACUGUGUGAUUUUGGGCUGGCUCGCUGCAUCAAUCAGAUACAAGAGGAGCAGGGGAACCCCGCACUGACGGAGUACGUGGCUACUCGCUGGUAUCGAGCACCAGAAAUUCUCCUUGCAUCUCCCAGAUACACCAAAGGCGUGGACAUGUGGAGUGUUGGGUGUAUUUUAGGAGAAAUGCUGCUCGGGAAACCGCUGUUUCCAGGAACUUCCUCAAUAAAUCAAAUUGAAAGAAUCAUGAGUGUAAUUCCAGCCCCCUCAAAUGAAGACGUGCAGUCCAUUAACUCGGAUUAUGGAGCAUCAGUUGUUCAGAAGAUUUUGACCAGGCCCAGAACCUCGAUCGAUCAACUCCUACCAAGCACCACACCCUCAGAUGCUCUGGACCUCCUGAACAAGUUACUGGUCUUCAAUCCAGAUCAUCGGCUCACUGCUGAGCAGGCCCUUGGACACCCCUACCUCAGCAGGUUUCACAACCCAUCCAAGGAGCCAAAGCUGGAUUAUGAUAUCGUGCUGCCAGUGGAUGAUGACACACAGCUGUCUGUGGCUGAGUAUCGGAACAAGUUGUACCAGAUGAUCCUGGAGAGGAAGACAAAUGCUCGCCUGCAGAGGCAACUGAUGAAGGAACCGGAGCCACUGAAAUCGCCUCCAGGCUCAGAGCCGAAAGAAGUGACUUCAGCCAGUUCCAGGACCCCAGCGGUUCCUGACACUAGGGGAUCUGCUCACGAGGAGAAGGUGUUCACCCAUCCCACCACAAAUGUCACCUCAUAUAAUCCAAUAACCCACAGCCCGUUAACAUAUGCAGCCGCUCCAAAACCCAAGGCCACAAUCACAAAGCCGAGAGAGCCGUCCUGUGAAGAAGAUGUUCCAGACGAUGUCAAACGUGGAGGCGGCGGGGAAUCCGAAAGCUGCCUGGGGCAGUUACUCGCAGACCUAUGGAGUCAUCAGUCAAACCGGCCUGGAGAAUCUGCGCAACCUCCACAGGGAAAACAGGCCCUAGACACAGAGCUGGAGCAGGGCCAGGAGACAGUGGGGCAGGAGGAGCUUGGCAUCAGGUGGACAAUUCAGGACAAGACAGGCACAGGAGCAGGUGGACAGGAGGACCAACAUAGGAUGGACAGUGCUGGACAGAUACACAGCACACACAGGACGGGAGGCCAGUGUUAGACACACACACAGCACGCACAGGACGGGAGGGUGGGAAGGACAGGGGAUUGCACAAAGGAGAAAUUGAAAGGAGUAUACACCAGACUGCACAGGACUCUAUGACUGAACGGCAUCCACACUCUUUGUGUAAUUGUAGUUUCAUUGUUCUACGGGAAAAGGUUUUGUAUAUUGGUAUCUGAUUUUUGUAACCUUGUUUUUGAUGACGAUUCAUGGUUUAAUGCCACAAGGAGAUUGUUUGCCUUCCCUAACGGGCUGGUGAAGUUUGGUGUCAUUCUCCAGCGGAGCUUCAGGGGCCUCUGUCCCAGCCCUGUGAAUGAUCCAUCGAUUUCUGUUGCAAAGGGAUGUCGUCCCUGAGGGGGUUCCUGUGCCAGUGAUGAUCCUGUUGUCGGAGCCGGGUUACUGUGUGCAGAGCCGGUGGUUGUAAUUCUCUCAUUUGGUGGUCACUCAGCCAGCCGAUGCCCAUCUGCCUCCACCACCCAGAGCCCUGGACCUGGGUCGUGCACCUGCCCUGUGCCAGGCACCUCUUCGCCAUUGUCUCGCCCUCUCCUCUGGCAGAUGUUUGCCUCCUGUUGUGGAGUGUCAGGUAAUUUUGGGGUCUAACAAUGGACUGUUUCCUGUAAAUACAUGGUAAACCGUGUGUUCUCUGGAUAUGCCAGACCAUGCUGGUCUUCUUAAUGGAUUUUUAAUAAAACUCAACAAUUUACACUCUUUGUGGUUGAAGAAGUGGCCAAUUGACCCCACCCUCAUAACUACACCCACCCUAACCUCCUGACCCCACCCCCAUAACUACACCCACCCUAACCUCCUGAUCCACCUCCAAGACCACUGAUAAGCUUCUCCUUACCAUCCCCUGGGGAGUCUUCCCCUGCUACCCGUGCCUUUCCAUUGCAUCUGAUCCCCCUUUCCUGACUGUGGACCCCUCCUUUCCCUCCUGUGACAGGGCUCCCCACUCACAAGCCCCUUUCCCCACGUGAGCUGCAGACCCUACCCAGCCUCAGCUGCCUCCUACACUCAGAUCCCACAGCACAAGAUGAAAUAGCUCUCUAUCACAGGCCAGUGACGCAGUCAGAAUCAGGUUUAUUAACACGGACAUAUGAUGUGAAAUGAGUUGUUUUCAGCAGCAGUACAGUGCAAGGCAUAAAAUUACUAGAAAUUACAAAAAUAAAUAGUGCAAAAAAGGAAUAACAAGGUAGUGUUCAUGGACCAUUCAGAAAUAUGAUGGCGGAGGGGAAGAAACUGUUCCUGAAUCAUUGAGUGUGGGUACUUCCUCCCCAUGGUAGUAAUGAGAAGAGGGCAUGUCCUGGAUGGUGAGGGUCUUUAGUGAUGGAUGCCGCCUUCCUGAGGCACCAUCUCUUGAAGAUGUCCUUGAUGAUGGGGAAGGUUGUGCCCCUGAUGGAGCUGGCUGAGUCUACAACCCUCUGCAGCUCUUGUGAUCCUGUGCAUUGGAGGCUCCAUAUCAGGCUGUGAUGCAACCAGUCAGAAUGCUCUCCACCGUACAUCUAUAGAAAGUUGCAAGAGUCUUUGGUGACAGACCAAAUCUCCUCAAACUACUAAUGAAGUAGAGCCGCUGGCGUGCCUUCCUCAUGAUUGCAUCAAUGUGUUGGGUCCAGGAUAGAUCUUCCUAGAUGUUGAUGCCCAGGAACUUGAAGCUGCUCACCCUUUCCACCACUGACCCCUCAGUGAGGACUGGUGUGUGUUCUCCUGACUUCCCCUUCCUGAAGUCCACAAUCAAUUCCUUGGUCUUGCUGAUGUUGAGUGCGAGGUUGUUGUUGUGACACCACUCAACCAACCAAUCUAUCUCACUCCUGUACGCCUCCUCAUCGACAUCUGAGAUUCUACCAACAACAAUGGUGUCAUUUGUGAAUUUAUAGAUCGUGUUUAAGCCACACAGUCAUGAGUAUAGAGAGAGUAGAGCAGUAGGCUAAGGACACAUCCUUUAGGUGGACCAAUGUUGAUUGUCAGUGAGGAGGAGGUGUUAUUCCCAAUCUGCACUGACUGUGGUGUCCUGAUAAGGAAGUACAUGAUCCAGUUGCAGAGGGAGGUACAGAUGCCCAGGUUUUAAAGCUUGGUGAUUAAUACUGAGGGGGUGAUGGUGUUGAA